CUAAUAACUUUGAUCAACAGUUUUAUUCUGAAUGUAUUUGAGACAACCACAUAUUACCACCUCCAUCGAACCCUUCUGGGGAAAUAGCUGCGUCGCCAUAGUAACUCGCGGUAUCGGUGCAUUUGACGACAUCGCCAUAGUAACGCGCGGUAUCGGUGGAUUUGACGACAUCGCCAUAGUAACACGCGGUAUCAGUGGAUUUGACGACAUCGCCAUAGUAACACGCGGUAUCAGUGGAUUUGACGACAUCGCCAUAGUAACACGCGGGAUCAGUGGAUUUGACGACAUCGCCAUAGUAACACGCGGGAUCAGUGGAUUUGACGACAUCGCCAUAGUAACACGCGGUAUCAGUGGAUUUGACGACGUCGCCAUAGUAACACGCGGUAUCAGUGGAUUUGACGACAUCGCCAUAGUAACACGCGGGAUCAGUGGAUUUGACGACAUCGCCAUAGUAACACGCGGUAUCAGUGGAUUUGACGACGUCGCCAUAGUAACACGCGGUAUCAGUGGAUUUGACGACAUCGCCAUAGUAACACGCGGUAUCAGUGGAUUUGACGACAUCGCCAUAGUAACGCGCGGUAUCAGUGGAUUUGACGACGUCGCCAUAGUAACACGCGGUAUCAGUGGAUUUGACGACAUCGCCAUAGUAACACGCGGUAUCAUUGGUAUUUCAACAAUAGUAGUAGCUUAAUAUCAGCAAAUCUCAAGAACUCCUCCGUGACCUUUGGCCUAAUGGUAAAAUCCCUGAGCGGUUUCCAUCCUCUCUGGCAACUCGGUUAGGACGGACUUCUGAAUCUUUUGUAGUGACUGGGUGUGUUGAUAUUCAAUGUCUGCUUUUAGUUUUUUAUUCAUCUUUCAAAAAAUAGGUGCCCUUCUUUUGCGAGGUUAUUGUAAAACCUCUCUGGUCUUUGUGGUUGAAAUUCACUGCUCGAUUUGAAGGACCGUACAAUUAUGUGUAUGUGUGGGGUUGGAGUGAUGAGGUAAGUCAUUCAACAGUCAUGUUGAACACUGUUCUGGCAGACAAAGUGGGUCCUUGUAACUGAUGUGGCUUUAAGUACAUAUUUACUACGGCACUUAAUUAGCCUUGAUAUUACAAUGGGGUUGAAUACUUGACUCAUGAACAUUUCAGCUUAUCAAUUGUGUGUAGUAUUGUGUGUAGUAUUGUGUGUAGGCCCAGUGGAGAAAAAUAAUCUAAAUUGAAUCCAUUUUAAAUUAAAGCUGUAUUAACCAAUCAGAGUUACUGAGAGAACCAGUGUCGUGAUUGGAGAGUUACUGAGAGAACCAGUGUCGUGAUUAGAGAGUUACUGAGAGAACCAGUGUCGUGAUUGGAGAGUUACUGAGAGAACCAGUGUCGUGAUUGGGAGAGAACCAGUCAUGAUUGGAGAGAUACUGAGAGAACCAGUGUCGUGAUUAGAGAGUUACUGAGAGAACCAGUGUCGUGAUUGGAGAGUUACUGAGAGAACCAGUGUCGUGAUUAGAGAGUUACUGAGAGAACCAGUGUCGUGAUUGGAGAGUUACUGAGAGAACCAGUGUCGUGAUUGGAGAGUUACUGAGAGAACCAGUUUCGUGAUUAGAGAGUUACUGAGAGAACCAGUGUCGUGAUUGGAGAGUUACUGAGAGAACCAGUGUCGUGAUUGGAGAGUUACUGAGAGAACCAGUGUCGUGAUUGGAGAGUUACUGAGAGAACCAGUGUCGUGAUUAGAGAGUUACUGAGAGAACCAGUGUCGUGAUUGGAGAGUUACUGAGAGAACCAGUGUCGUGAUUGGGAGAGAACCAGUCAUGAUUGGAGAGAUACUGAGAGAACCAGUGUCGUGAUUAGAGAGUUACUGAGAGAACCAGUGUCGUGAUUGGAGAGUUACUGAGAGAACCAGUGUCGUGAUUGGAGAGUUACUGAGAGAACCAGUGUCGUGAUUGGAGAGUUACUGAGAGAACCAGUGUCGUGAUUGGAGAGUUACUGAGAGAACCAGUCGUGAUUGGAGAGUUACUGAGAGAACCAGUCAUGAUUGUAAAUCGAUGUUAACACAAGUCUUUGAACCAUGAAUAUACAGUGUCUUUAUUGGCCCAUGUGGGCGGGGCAUCCUGAAGAUGCAAAACACUGUAAUAACAAAAAUGAAUCAAAUGUAGAUCGAACAAAUUCCCAAAAAAGUAAUAAAAACACCUUUUCUCCCA